UGGAAGCUUUGGCUUUCAUUUCUUUCUUUUUACGAGCGCGACUCUGCGCUAAUUCAUCGACGCUAUAUAGAAUCGAGAAAGUCGUGCUUCUGGUCUAUCCACCUAGUAUGGAAGUAUGUCAUAGAAGAUGAACACGAGCAAUGGUUUAGGUACUAAAAACCUCCUGCUGAAAUCAUGUCAUCCUCAUGCUCAUCUUCAUCUUUGUCCCUACGACGGGGACCUCCGAGAACAGCGGAAAGGAAACGUCGGAACAAGAUGCAACCUCGCUACUUCUUGCCACUCGUCCUCGUCUUUACAUCAACAUCAUGUUUGACCACGUGUACAAUUGCCGCAGUACAACAACUACAUCAAGAAAUAGCACAAUACAACAUUGGUCCCAAUGGUGAAAUCGAAGACUCUCAAUUCUACUCCGAACCUGCUCAUGAGCAUGAGGACCACGUUCAUCAUGCUGAGGAAGGACAAGACGAAGUUUAAGGGUAGGUUAAAGGUGUUCGUUUUACCGUUCGUUUUGUCUUCCCGAACAAGGGGGAAAGACCUAACGAACGCGGUAAACGAACACCAAAAGCCUACCUCUAAGAAGUAGAACAAGAAGAUGAUCACGCAGCUGAGACUCCUCCUGGAGGAACUCGAGGCACUUCUUCUAGCACUUUGCUUCAAAUCAACAACGUUGGCGCUGUGAGGCGGGAACAAGGUGAGGCCAUUCAGUACAAUUUACGUAGGGGAGAUGAGCAAGAAAUAUCUUCGACUUUUUCACCUGGAACCGUAAGAGUUGAAGGAUCAGGAUUCCUGGAACCUGUAGCAGCCUACAGUACAUCAAACUCACAACGAUCAGCAGACAUGUCCCUGGAUUCGGCAGGAGACGCAUCUUCAAACUCGCAACAUCAAGUAGGAGAGGUGUUUCUGGAUCCCAGCAGCACGAGUACCACGACAGUACCAGACAGCACCACAUCGUCAAUUUCGAACUCAACUUCUGCUUCGGUUUUUUCUUCGUUCAUGACUGUCGAAGAGACGAAGAAGAAAGUCAGUCGCCUAUCUUCUGACAAGAAGAAGAAAAAGAUAAAAAAGAGUUUUGGCUCAGAUUCGUCUGACGAGUCAACAGCAUCCGAUGCAAGCAGUGAUGAGUCGGCGUCUUCGGUACUCUUUACUGUUGCUUUCAGUCUUCCUGUCGCUCUCCCUUCAUACAGUUUUGUGAUUUUUAGAACAUAAGCUGUAGUGAUGAAAAAAUAAACAAAAACAAUUUUUAAAUAUCCUUCACGUUCACCUUCACCAGUCUCGACGCAAGCGCCGAAAACGUCGACGUGAUGACAGCGACAGUGAUGAAGACGAUACGGAUCAUCGUAGAAAAAGACGCAACAGCGACAGUGAUGAUACUUAUGAAGGGAUACCAGUGAUUGUGUUUGUGGUCGUGAUGACGUUGUAACACGAAAGUGACAAUGUAUGGUUCUGGUAUUUGGUAACCUGAAUUUGAUCCUAAGGGUUCUCUUCUUGUUUUCCCUUAGGAUCAAACUCAGGUUACCAAAUACCAGAACCAUUCAGACAACUCAAACUACAUCAACAAAGCAUACCCCCACAUACGACAGACACGGCGAGCAUCACAGCGAUCAUAACUUGUUCACAACAAACUUCUUUAUCUUUUUCCACUACCUCUUUCUACAUCAACAACGCUUACAACUUCUCUUCCCUUCCCCUUCUAAUCUCUCCUGAAAACCGUGGGCGUUGCCGCAGCUGCGGGAGCGGUCGGUGUGGCUGCCGGCGCUGCUGCUGGUGGCGAUGGCGACUUUUGGUUUUACAGCGGCAAUGGUAAUUCUUGCUGCGGGGGUCCUGGACACGGAUUUGGCUUCGGCAACGGAGCUAACGGUGGAAUGGAUGACGCCAUGUGCUAUUUUCUUUAUGAAUGGGAUGAUUAUUAUAGAAUGAUCUAUAGAACAAGAACGAAUGUAGUAGGAUGGACCUACCAAAAUCCUUGGGUCCUACUCGAAAUGCUUAGCGAAGCGGGGAAGUCCAUCCGAUCCAUCCGGUCCAUCCCAUCCUGGACCGGGCACCCCUAUAGAUUGCUCUACUAUAAUUACACUUUUACAUACUUUUUACAUUGACAUUGAGUAGAAGUUAGUACUACUAAAAGAUUUCUUGUUCUGCAACAAGAACUUGCUCCAAGUACUUUUUAUAAGUCAAACGUGUUUAUCGAAGACCUUUGUCAUUUUUGGUUGUUACUAGAAGGCAGGAAACUCACUUGAUUUACUCUUUAUAACUUUAUUGAUAUUUUUUAUUGUUUCCUCGCCUCCUCCAAUGAACCAACCCUAUGAUAAUGAUGUGAAACCAUUCACCUUUCAUAAAUCCUUCAUCGGAAUACCAAUCUUGCUUUUUGCGUUGGUGCUGCUCUGCAUGUGCAUGAGCGACACGUGCGCUUUCGGGAAAACAGAGGUUUACUACACCUCCGGCGGACGAGGCGGAUACAACUACAACUACUAUCCGGAGGUAGAGGAUGAGGAUGAUGAAGAUAAUGUUAAGGCUCAACUUUCAAUGGUCAUUGGAGUUGGUCACUGAGAUGGUCACCAUUGAGAUUGGAGUCACUGAGAUCUUCGAAGGGGCGACCUUCCCUUGAGAGGAGAACCAACAGGGGAAGAAACGAAGGGACGAAAGGGGAGAGCUUUGAAGGGGGUCUCUUCCGUUCAGAGUCAUGAUGACCAUUGAUGAAGGCUGAGCUUUAAUAAUGGCAGUUAUGUUGGCGAAGAACAUCUUCAAGACGAUGAUAGCAGUUACCUACCGUCACCCGGAACGGACAAUUACCGCUACUACCCAGAAGACGACGGUGACGACGACACUUUAUUGGUGUAUCACAAAUGAGAAUAAGUAGGUACUUUUGAAAGAUGAUGGGGAGCACCAUCCGUUUACUGCAUGAACUAGAAGUAGAACAUCUUACUGUUACUGCUGCUGGAAGAAAGAGUUGUCUACAAGUUGUUGAAAGCUGUGUUAUGGUGGUGCAUAUGUAUGUGACGAAAAAGAGAACGAACAAAUUAUAUGCUUAGAGAUUGAGAGGUCUAUCCACAUCAGGGCCACGAACUAAGUUCAUAUUACAGCAUGAAAGGCGAGUUGUACUAUGCAGAACUAAACAAAGACACUUCAACAUUUACUGCAUAGGACAGAAACAAUAUUCUUAGCAGAACUACUCCUCGAUCAACAUCAAGUAGAUAUAGAUCAUUUAUUCCUCAACACUACUAAUCGUUCGUGCCUUAAUUCCUCAACACUGGCGUAGAACCAGUAGAAAUGUAUUAGGAAUUUACAAAUUCACACCAUACAAAAAUGUUGACGAUCAUAGUACCAUUCGCCUUUCCGGUUAAAAUAUCGAUAACCUCAACCCCAGGAUUACUAAUUAUCUUUCCUCCGCUCUGCUCCUUUACUUCCGCAAUCGAUUUAUUGUUGCUGAAGUUAGACAGCCACUCAUGAUCAAUGGAGC